AUGUCGACCCCAUUCACACAGUCUCUCCAGGUAGCGGAGAUGUUUCCUGAUGUGCCCUUUGAGGCUGUCCAAAAAGCUGUGGAGGAUCACAAAGGUAAUUUGGAGAAAGUAGCAGAAGAAUUAUUGAGCUAUGAAAUGCUGAGGCAACCGGAAGAAAGCGGACGUGCGUCUUCAGUUGGGACACCGAACUUGUCCGAGCUAAAGGUCAAUCAUACAAAGUCAAAAGUAAAGUCUUCCAAUUCUGAUCCUCGUUUAUCUGCCCUGAGCAGCUUACUCUCGUGCUCGCUGGAUCGCGUAAAAGCAACAUAUCAGAAAACAAAAGACAUUGAGAAGACAGUACGCGAAAUCAUCCAGCUGGGCUGGACUCUGAAUGAUAGUCAGCUUGCAAGCAAGUAUCGGAAUCAGCUAGCAGUGAUUUUGGACUCCAAACGAACAAAUCCUUAUCUCAACAACAUAGAAAGACGAUUUUAUCUUGACUGUUUGGAAUAUUUUGGGGGUGAUGUUCAUCGAACCAUACAACUGGCUGCUUGGAUGAUGAACCCUGAUUCCAGCCCCCAGUCCAUGCCCACAUCAAAACCCCAGCCAUCCAUUUCUUCUUCUUCUUCCAUUUCGCUCGGUCGACCGCCCGACCCCCUAGAGAAAAUAAUAGAUGGUGCGCUCAAAACAAAUAAAUUGGAUUUGCAUGGAUUGCUGGUCUCGGAAGCUCAACACUGCGUUCAGCAAGUUCUGAAAUCUUGGUGGAGCUUCGAGAUGGAACAGAGAAUUAUCGAAGGAACCAAUUUGCGCGGAAAAAAGGUCAUAUAUGUGGGGUAUUUGGACAUUAUCACUGGUCGGGGCUUCCAUAGUAGUGGAGGAGUACCGAAGUUAAGGAACUUAGUUCAUCAAAUUCUCAACUCAGAAAAUUACCUUUUUGAUGACAUUGUUUUAGGAUUCAAAGUGAUGGGCAAAAAAACAUGA